AUGGGCUUCUUCUCCAGACUCAAGGGGAGCACCCCGGCCGCCCUGGCGCCGACCUUAGAGCACCGCUCGCCUGAUGAAAAGUCGCUCGUUCGCCGCCUGGACUGCUUUCUCCUGGUGUUUGGUUGCCUCUCGCAAGUGAUCAAAUACCUUGACCAGCAGAACAUCAACAAUGCUUACGUAUCCGGCAUGAAAGAAGACCUUCACCUCAACGGGAACGAAUACAAUUACUUCACUACUUGGUUCAAUGUCGCUUACUGUAUCAUGCUUAUUCCCUCGCAAAUCAUCCUGACCUACGUGCGCCCCAGCUACUGGCUGUCCGGCUUGGAGGUCACGUGGGGCGUCAUCACAGGCCUGAUGGCGCUGGUCAGGAGCGCCAACCACGUCUACGUGCUGCGUGUCUUUCUUGGGCUGUGCGAGAGCUCAGCCUGGCCUGGCAUGAUGACUCUAUUCAUGCACUGGUACACACCUAUGGAACUCGCCAAGCGAAUGGGCUUCUACCACUCUUGCCAGGCCAUGGGCUACAUGGUAAGCGGCGCCAUGCAAGCAGCCAUUAUGCGCACGAUGCACAACUCGCACGGCAUCGCGGGUUGGCGUUGGCUGUUUGUCAUCAACGGCAUAGUCACCGUCUGCUGGGGCGCCAUGGGCUUCUUCAUGCUGCCUGACCUUCCCAACAAGCCCAACCCGCGUGCGAGGUGGUUCAGGAAGAUCGACGCCGAGCUGGCCAUGGAGCGCUUGGCCAGACACAACCGCGCCGAGCCUCGAAAGGUAACCUGGGCGAGCGCAAAACGGUGCUUCAGCGGCUGGACAGUAUAUUUCAUUGCUGUUCUUUAUAUAGCCACCGUCCUGGCGAGCUACGGGUACAACUACUUCUCCCUCUUCCUCAAAGCAGUUCAGAACCCGGACGGCUCUCCGCGCUGGACCGUCGAGGAAGUCAACGUGAUCCCCAUUGGCGGCGGCGCCAUCAACGUCGUCUUCGUCUGGAUCUGGGCUCUACUCUCGGACUUCCUGCGCACGCGCUGGACGCUGAUUGUGGCGCAGUCGCUCAUCGGCCUCAUUCCCGCCAUCGCCAUGUCGAUCUGGACCAGCCACCCGGAUAGCGUGCCCUUGUCCACCGCUUACGCCAGCUACUUCAUCUCCUACCUGUGUCUGGGUACCGCGCCCCUGAUCUUCUCUUGGCUCAGCGACCUGAUUCCGCAAGACCCCGAGGCCAGGUCGCUUAUCGUCGGUGUCGCGGUCGCGGGUUACUACAGCGUCAGCGCGUGGUCGCAGGUCCUCGUGUGGCCUGCGAGCCAGGCCCCUUACUACAAGUAUGGCUGGCAGAGUAGUAUUGCCCUGUGGGUGCUUAUCAUUGUCAUGUCAUGCACGCUACGCUUUGUUGAUGUGAGGUACCUGCGACCGAAACGAGAGAGGUUUGCGAGGCAGUUGCACGGGGAGGCCGUCGUGGAAGGAGAGGAUGUGGCUGCCAGGCGGAAAUCUGAUGGGGCGGAUAGUGUAGAGGCGGCGAAGCUGCAGGCCCAGGUCGCUGCUACCAAGACGGUAUAG